GCGACAUUCGAUACCAACAACAAAUCAAGGCCAACUUCGCAGCAAAAACGUUGCUCGCUACAGCAAAACUUUUCAACUGUUGGACCUCGGUGAGUCAACCGUACAGUGAACAAUCUGCGAUUGUCGUAGGCUGAAUACAGAUUCCGUGCCGCCGUUCCCAUUCUGAAAAACUUGAUAAAGCGCAUCAACACAAUCCUACCGAAAUGACUCUCGUCUGGGGCAUUAUUGCAUCGUUCCUGUACGUGGAAAUAUUUGUGGUGCUACUGCUCGUGCUACCGCUCCGGAGCCCACAGCAAUGGCAUCGAUUUUUCAAAUCCCGCUUCCUGGCGAUGCUGAGCCGCCAGGCCCAGACCUAUUUCUAUCUGCUGCUCGCUGUGUUGGUGCUGUUCCUCCUGGAAGCGAUCCGCGAGAUGCGUAAAUACUCCUCCAAUGAUCAUACGCACACCGAAACGCACCUGAAUGUGGAGAUGCAGCACAGUAUGCGAUUGUUCCGUGCCCAGCGCAACUUUUACAUUUCCGGCUUUGCCAUCUUCCUGUCGCUGGUGAUUCGUCGGCUGGUGUCACUGAUUAGCGGCCAGGCUGUGUUGCUCGCACAGGCGGAAGCUUCGAUGAAGCAGGCGCAAAGUGCUACCAGCGCCGCUCGCACACUGAUGAAUCAGCAGAAGGAUGGCGAUAAGAAAGCAGAUGCCAAGGACAAACCGGCUGGCGAUGCACCAAAUACCGAUGAGCUAAAGAAGAAGGUCGCCGAGCUUGAGCAGGAGCUAGCCAAGGAGCGCAAGGAUAAGGAGGCCAUGAAAUCACAAUCAGAAAGUCUAAACCGCGAAUACGAUCGACUUACGGAAGAGUACAGCAAACUGCAGAAGAAGAUCACCGUUUCCAGCGCAGAUAAGAGUGAUUAAUUUUUUUGGCAAAAUUUUCAUUUCAUAAUUAAUCGGCAUCUUGAAUUUUUAUACGUACGGUUUAAGGUUUUGGGCUAUUUAUGGCGUGAAGUAUUGCGUGCGUACUUGUCUUUUCUACCAAUUAUGCUCAUCAUUCAUGUAUAAAUCUAAGUGAUUUUCCAUUACAUUGUUUGUGACAAAUUUAAGUUCACUUUAAAAACUAGCUUUUUUUUCGUUUUUCUAUAACAUCCAUUUUCUUCUAUUUAAUUAUUGUAUGCAUGUAAUAAUUCACGGUUUUACGAUCCUUUUUGCGGGCGAUGGGCGAUUACAUAAACAACCAAAACUUUGCAAGGAAUAACUUAAAGAGAGUGGAUUGUAUUGCACCUCAGACAGAAGGGUUGUUUCUUCGGACAGAGUGAUAUGAAACGAUGGCACUGAAUUUUCGAACGAUAAAACAAAUUCUUUCUUCUUGCAAAAAACACAAACUAUUGUAUGAGAGACGCUAAACUACGACAAAAUAAAUGUUUAGUAACAUAACACACAAAAAAUGGAAAAAUAGUCAAA